AUGAAUAUCCUGAUGUAUAGUAAUGAUUAAAUUACUUUGCCCGAUGAGUACGAUUCUGAAACAAACGAGGGUUAUGACUCAGAAAAAAAGAGUGAAGAUUAAUUCAUAAGUCUAGGUGUUGAUAAAAAUAAGAUCAAAGGAGAAAUUAUUAGCAUUUAUGUAAUGCACAGUGAUGAUUUUAACCUCAAGACUAUAAUUCACAUCAGUCAAAAGUAAGUAAAUUUUAUUUUAAUCUUUACCUAUAUCAGUGAAAAAAUGACUGUUUUUCAAAUAGUACUGAAUGAUAAUUUUCAGCAGAAAUAUGAAUAGUUCAAUGGUUUAACAGGAUUAAGUGCUAUUGAAAUAUGGAAAAUAAACGGAGGACCUUAGGUUCAGAAAAAAAUCAUGUCUAGCUCUAACAUUAAAGGCUCUUAAACAAUAAUAUCAAUAGAUGGGAGAGUUAAGGAUCAUCUUAAAGCAAAUGACUUAAUAAUGUGUAAAGUCGAAUCCUUUGAUAUAUGGCUUAAAAUUGAGAUUCAGCUAUCUUGUUCGUUCAAGGCAUUGAAUGCAUCAGUUGAAAUCAAAGUAGACAAGGAUAUAAAAGGAAAGGACCUAAUAAAUAUUAUAUAGAAAUUUUGUGUAGAAGCUUGGAAUUCAUAUUGUGACUCUGCUUCUUAAAGAGAAUAUUAACUUAUCUAAGCGUAAUCCAAGGUAAAAGCUAGUUCAGCAGACAUGCUGAGAAUGAAGGAGGAAUUAUUUAUUUUGACAGAUUUUAAAACAUUUAGAGUUCAAAUUGUAUCUACCUCGAAUACUAUAACUAAAGAUGAGAGUGUCAGAAUGUCGAGUAUCAAAGUAAGAGAUAGAAAAUUAAGUAAAAAAAUGCUUUACGAAAUUGUAAUGGAUUAAAGAAUAGGAGAAAUGUUCACCUAUACUUAAAACUUGAUAAAAGUUGAAUGCAAGUUUUAAACUCUAAAGUAGCUGUUUCAAUUAUAGAAUCCAAUGCUUAAAUUCGUAAGUGAGACAAGCUUAGAUACCAACAGACCAUCAGUUGAAAGAAAAUCAACCAUUCCCUUAAAGAAAAAUGUAUUAAACACAAACACAACUGAAAAUAGAAGAUUUUCAACUAAAUUAGGAUUGAUGAAUUCUCCUGAGAAGAGGAAAAAUGCCCAAAUGUCUGAUCCUAGCAAUUUUAAUAGACUUGAAAAUGUACAAGGUGUCUUUUCUACAUCAAUGCCAUAUCAAAACAAUUUCAUUAGGCAAACAGAGGAUUCAGGAAGUGGGAAUUAGCCUAAUCCUGACGAGGAAAGUAAGGAGCCUGAAUCCGAUCCGAACUCUGACAUUAAUGAUAAUGCUGAAACAAUGAUGAUAAAGCUGUCUAUAUAAGAAAAUACUGCUAGGACUACGAAUUUUGAGCGUCUUUCCAUUCAAAAUACAUUAAACGACAAAUUCAUGAGCCAAAAUAAUCGACAAUCUAGAAGAAGCACUUAACUUGUGGAGGAAGAUAGUUCACUUAUUCAAGAUACUAGUAAGAGACUUAGCACGAGUGUAGAUAUGGUAAUGACAUACGAUUAGAUUCAAAGAUCAAUGGAAAAAUCUGAAUUAAAUUUAUAAGAGAUAAAAGAGCAAGAAGAAUAAGAUAUUCAACCAGGAGAGGAACAGCCUUCAUCCGCAAGAUUAAUUAAAACAAGGACUCAUUCAGCAGAAGGUCAAUCUAGAAUGAUGAAUAAUACUGGCUUUCUAACAAAUAGAUCUUUGAACACCACCAUGAAUCCUUUUAGAUCUUUAGGUAAAAUAAAGAAUUCAGAGAUGAUGAACAAAAAGAGAGACCAAGAUGAGGAAUUUGAUCUUGAGGCGACUCCUAGAACUCAAGCUAAAUUUAGGAAAAAACUAGGCAAAAAGCAAACUGGAGAAUUUACCUCUAUUAAAGAUAAUAAAUAAGAUGAUUCCUCACUACUAAAAACUGAUAUCAAUGACCCAUUGCUUGAGUCUUUUCAGGAUUAAUUUUUCCAUGGUAAGUUAAAAGGAAAUCUUCAUCUGACUGUUAAGCUUGUUGAAUAACCAGCAACAGAUUUGAUCACAUCUAAGACAUUAGAGAAAUCAAAGAACUAUGCCUCGGUUACAAACAGAGAGAGCUAGUCUGAUAAAACAGUUAAAAAUACAUAAGGAGCAGAAAAUAUAAAGGAAAAUAGAAGCAUUAAAAAUGAAAAUCAGGUAGGUAAUCACACUAAGAAGGCAUCAAUUUUUGGAAACCUGAUUAAUUACAUAAGAGGAACUCCAAGAGUAUAACAUGGCCUAAAAAAACUUCAACUUAAAGUGAAUCCACAGGAGGAAGAGAUGACUGAUGAAUAAAUGAUUUAAAAGAUAAAUUUUGAUCAGAUUAGAUUCAUACUGACUUAUGAGGAAUUUAUUGCUAUUAAGAUUCCUAUCACAAAGAACUUUUAUUUCAGUGAAAAGGAUAUUUAUGAUACAAAUGAAAGUGAUCUUGGAGGGGAAUUAUUUGAAUCAGAAGAACGAAAAAAAAAGAUUACCAUAAGCAGAAAUUUCUUGAUUGCUAUUGGAUUAUUUAUUGCAGCAGUUUUGAUCAUAACAGCUAUUGUUUUCAUUGUUAUAGAAACAUGA